CCAAAACUACAGCACAAAGUCAUCCCUCGACUCCCUCCUCGUUGCAGGGCCCCUCCUCUCAGGGUCCGUCCGUGUCGCCGUCGCAGCAGCUUCACCUUCUGCUUGCCUUCAUCGCCUGCAAUCCCAACCAGCACGGCCCCAGAUAGAUGGUGGGCACGCGUCCCCGAGAGGCAGAUCUGUUCGCAGACGAGCCCUUGCCGCAGCACGCAUCGCGUCCCUAUGCCAAUGCAGCGUAUCAGGAGUCGCAGCAUUCUGUUGCAAGCGGAACGAACCCCUUUAGCAAUUACUAUGAGGAAGACUUGCUCAGUGACGACGAGCAGUUGCUGUAUGAGACAGACACGCCCAUGCGCCAUCAAGAACCUGGGCCGUACUAUGGCGAAGAGACGUAUGACGCGCGACAUCAACAAUCUACAUUAGGUUCACUCGUGGGCAAAGUCAAGGAUAAAGUAGGGUAUGGCACGGAACCAGCCCAUCUACCUUUGACAGAGCCAGGUGCACCACGCGCCGUGGAGUACGACGAGGCCCCCAGUACAGUCAGGAAGCGCAGCUUUGCAGACUUCUUCAAGCGCAAGCAAGUAGACCCAGCGACACUUGGUCCACGUCUCAUCCACGUCAACAAUCGAGCAGCGAAUGAUGCGAAUCGACAUCUUGACAACCACGUCAGUACGGCCAAGUACAAUGUCGCAACCUUCCUCCCAAAGUUCCUCAUGGAGCAGUUCUCAAAGUACGCCAAUUUGUUUUUCCUCUUCACCUCCAUCAUUCAGCAAAUUCCGAAUGUCUCGCCGACAAAUAGAUGGACUACCAUUGGCCCGCUGACGGUCGUGUUGAUUGUAUCGGCAAUUCGCGAAUUUGUGGAAGACCUGAAACGGCAUGGUCAGGAUAGAGAGCUCAAUCGGUCAGCGGCUCAAGUCAUGGUUGGCUCGGAAUUCGUGCACAAACGCUGGGUUGACAUCAAAGUCGGCGACACGGUGCGUGUUGCUUCAGAGGAAGCCUUUCCGGCAGAUUUACUACUCGUCUCGUCGUCUGAGCCAGAAGGACUCUGCUACAUUGAGACGGCCAACCUCGAUGGCGAAACCAAUCUCAAAAUCAAGCAAGCCCUGCCAGAAACGGCUCACCUUGUCAAUCCCGUCGAGCUGAGCCGCGUCCAAGGCAAAAUCAAGAGUGAGCAGCCGAACAACAGUCUGUAUACAUUUGAAGCAACCAUUACCAUGGACACGGGUGCUGGUAUGCGCGAAUUACCACUCAGUCCUGAUCAGCUCUUGUUGCGUGGUGCACAGCUCCGUAAUACACAGUGGAUCUAUGGCAUCGUCGUCUUUACUGGUCAUGAGACAAAGCUUAUGCGCAACGCCACCUCGACGCCCAUCAAGGUGACUGCAGUGGAAAAGAUGGUCAAUGUGCAAAUCGUCUUUCUAUUUACCAUAUUGAUUGUUCUUGCCGUCGUUUCUUCUGCUGGCUAUCUCAUCCUCAAUACAGUCAAGGGCACCCAGCUGAGCUACCUCGAUAUUUCCUCCACCAGCAAAGUCGGCGGCUUCUUCCUCAAUUUACUCACCUUUUGGAUUCUCUACUCCAACUUGGUGCCCAUCUCGCUCUUCGUGACGGUCGAGCUCUGCAAAUUUGUCCAAGCACAACUCAUCAGUGCCGACCUCGACAUGUAUUAUGCCGAAACAGACACUGCCGCGAACUGUCGCACGUCAAGUUUGGUGGAAGAGCUUGGUCAAAUUGAGUACAUCUUCUCGGACAAGACGGGUACCUUGACGCGCAACCAGAUGGAGUUUCGCCAAGUCUCUAUUGCUGGUGUUGCCUAUUCAGAAGUCGUUCCAGAAGACAACAAGGGACAUUUCGUCGAUGGUGAAGAGUUUGGCGUGUUUGACUUCAACACGCUCAAGCAAAACCUCGUGGAACACCCCUCGCGCGAGAUUAUGCAUCAUUUCCUGACACUGCUUGCGACUUGCCAUACCGUCAUUCCAGAGCAGAACAGCGAAAAACCUGGACAAAUCAAGUAUCAAGCUGCGUCCCCUGACGAGGGCGCUCUGGUACAGGGUGCCUGUGACCUUGGCUACAAAUUUGUUGCGCGACGUCCGAAAUCCGUGACGAUUGAGGUACAGGGCAAGGAACAUGAAUUCACGCUUCUCAACAUUUGUGAGUUCAAUUCAACUAGGAAGCGCAUGUCCACCAUCUUUCGGUGUCCAGACGGUCGUGUACGGCUCUAUUGUAAAGGUGCUGAUACUGUUAUUCUCGAGCGUUUACGUCAAGGCACACCCAACAUUGAGCGAACCUUACAGCAUCUUGAGGAAUACGCCACGGAUGGUCUCCGUACGCUCUGUCUAGCGUACCGGGAAAUUCCCGAGAGCGAGUACAGAGAGUGGGCGUCUGUGUUUGAAAAGGCGGCCACCACCAUCAACAAUCGUGCGGAUGAACUCGACAAGGCAGCAGAGUUGAUUGAGCGGGAUCUCACCUUGCUUGGUGCUUCCGCUAUUGAAGACAGAUUGCAGGAAGGCGUCCCGGAAACAAUUGCAACACUCCAGACCGCAGGCAUCAAAGUAUGGGUCUUGACCGGCGAUCGUCAGGAGACAGCCAUCAAUAUUGGUAUGAGUUGCAAGCUCAUUAGUGAAGAAAUGAUUCUCAUCAUUAUCAAUGAAGAAACCAAGGAGGCGACUCGAGAAGCGCUUGCAAGACGACUCCAUGCAUGCCGGUCGACGCCACAAUCUGAGCCGGAAGUGUUUGCUCUUGUCAUUGAUGGCAAGUCGCUUGGCUUUGCCCUUGAAAAGGACUUGGAGCGUGAAUUUCUGGAUUUGGCAGUCUUAUGCAAGGCAGUUGUUUGCUGUCGUGUGUCGCCGUUGCAGAAGGCGCUUGUUGUCAAGUUGGUCAAGAAGCACUUGAAGGCCAUUCUCCUUGCUAUUGGUGAUGGUGCCAACGAUGUCUCUAUGAUUCAAGCAGCGCACGUCGGUAUCGGUAUUUCUGGUAUGGAAGGUCUGCAAGCUGCAAGAAGUGCCGAUAUCGCUAUUGGCCAAUUCAGAUACCUUCGCAAACUGUUGCUUGUGCAUGGUGCAUGGAGCUACCAACGCUUGUCAAAGCUCAUCUUGUUUUCCUUUUACAAAAACAUCACGCUUUACAUGACGCAGUUCUGGUAUGCCUUUCAAAAUGGCUUCUCUGGACAAGUCAUUUAUGAGUCUUGGACCAUUUCACUAUACAACGUCCUCUUCACCGUCUUGCCGCCUAUCGUGAUGGGUGUCUUUGACCAAUUCAUUAGUGCGCGGCUUCUCGAUCGCUACCCACAGCUAUACAUGCUUGGUCAGAAAGGCAAGUUCUUCAAUCGUACUACAUUUUGGUCCUGGGUCGCCAAUGGCUUUUACCACUCACUCAUCAUCUACCUCGCUGGUGUUGCCAUCUUUCGAUAUGACGGUAUUGAGCGGGAUGGCGUUGUCGGUGGUCACUGGGUCUGGGGAACAACACUCUACACGGCAGUUCUUGCAACAGUCCUUGGCAAAGCGGCGCUCAUCACCAACUUGUGGACAAAGUGGACGUGGAUUGCAAUUCCUGGUUCGUUUGCCAUUUGGAUUGGCUGGCUUCCGCUGUAUGCGCUGAUUGCACCAGCCAUUGGCUUUUCAACCGAGUACACUGGCAUCAUCGGCCAUCUCUAUGCCAAUAUCGUCUUUUGGGCAACCGUCAUCCUCCUGCCUAUUGCCUGCUUGCUGCGAGACUUUUGUUGGAAGUACGUCAAGCGCAUGUACUACCCACAAUCCUAUCACCACAUUCAAGAGAUCCAAAAAUACAACGUUGCUGAUUAUCGUCCACGCAUGGAACAAUUUCAAAAAGCCAUUCGCAAAGUACGACAAGUCCAACGGAUGCGGAAACAGCGUGGCUAUGCGUUCUCUCAAGGUGAUGAAGGUGCUGCCAGAGUCGCUCGGGCGUAUGAUACGACGGCUGGUCGGGGUCGUUUUGGAGAGGUCUUGACGAGUACGCAGGCAGAGUCGCAGAAGCAGCAAUUAUCCAAGGGAGGUGUUGGCAUCCGCGAGUCGAAUCUUUAGUCUAUGAAUUGACUGUAUAUAGAAUGCAGAGCCUUCAUGAUGCAAGUCUUCUGAGAUCUGUAAAGUGACCGAGAAAGGAGAGAUGCUCUGCCAAUUUCUCUGAUUCUACUUGUUGCAUGAGCUGUGAGAGACGAGCAUCCUCCGAGGGGCCACCUUCAAAUUCAAUAAA